UUCUUUUUUUCCCUGCCUAGCAAAAUACUUAUCUGUACCCAAUUCUGUGUGUGUUUUCUUUCCUCCUUUAACCAGUUGAGAUGAAAGUGAAGUUCAAAUGUCAGUUGCUUUCCAAUCACUUUCUCCUUGUUUUAUUGACUUCUAUUUUUGUCUUCCAGUUUGUUCCCCCUCCUAAUAUAUUCUAGUUCCCCUCUUUUUCCCUUCUUUUACAAUAAUCAAGAUAUAACAGAACCACUCUCAAGCCUUUUGACUAAUUAGAUAUCUCUAUGGCUAAUGCUGAUAACAGGGUAUGCCAUCUCCCCAUAUUAGAAUGUAAGCAGUUUUUCCUUGUUUAUUCCUUUAUGCUUAUUUAUUUAGGUUUAUGUUUUUAUGGUUAGGUUUUUAUGUUUCUCUUGACCCUUGUGUUUACAUUUCAAAGUUUCUUUAUAACUUGUCUUUUUAUCUGGAAACCUUGAAAAAUUUUAUUUCAUUAAAGACCUAUUCUUUCCCUUGCAGUUUUGCUUUGUUAAGUCUUUGCCUUCUGGAAAUUAUAUUCCAAGUUUCCUUUUUUUUAAAGUGGUAGCAGCUAAAUUGUGUGUGGCUCCUGACUGGUUCCUCUGCAUUUGAAUUCUUUCUUUAUGGCUUCUUGCAGUUUUUUACUCUUUGACCUGCAAGCUCUAGAUUUUUACUAUAAUGUUUCUGGGAGUUUUCAUGUUGAGGUUUCUUUCAGGAAGUGAUCAUGCAUGCUUUCUAUUUCCAUUUUGUCUUUUGGUUCCGAGAAGUCUGGACAGUUUUCUUUGAAGAUUUCUUGAAAUAUAAUAGGUAGCAGGAAAAAAAGCAGAAAAAGUUUAAAACAAUUUUUUUCUUUUACAAAAUACAACACCUAUUCCUAUUAAAAACACCAGAAAGCAUAGUAAUAAAUGGAAUGUUUCUUAAAAUGAUAAGAAGUAUAUCUCUAAAACCAAAAGCAAACAUCUGUAAGGUGGAUAAACUAAGUCUUUCCAGUAAAGCUGACUCAGGAAUGAAGAAAAGAUAUCCAUUAUAACCACUAUUAUUCAAUGUUGUACUAGAAAUGCUAGUUAUAGCAAUAAGACAAGAAAAAGAAAUCAAAGAAAUAAGAAUUGAUAAUGAGGAAACAAAACUAUUACUCUUUGCAGUUAAUAGGAUAGUAUAUAUAGAGAAUCUGAGAGAAUCAACUAAAAAACUAGUUGAAACAAUUAACAACUUUAGUAAAAUUGCAGUACAAAAAGUAAACCCACAUAAAUCACCAGCAUUUUUACAUAUUAACAAUAAAAUAUAACAGGAAGAUAUAGAGAAAUUCCAUUUAGAAUAACUGCAAGUAAUACAAAAUAUUUGGGAGUCUGCCAAGGCAAAUUCACAAACUAUGAAAUAAUGAACAUUAUUUCAAAUAUAAAUAUAAUGUCAGAUAAAUAAAGACAGAUCUAAACAACUGGAGAACUAAUUUAUUGCUCAUACAUAGGCUGAGCUAAUACAAUAAAAAUGACAAUUAUCCCUUAAUUAAUUUUCUUAUUCAGCAUCACUCCAAUCAAACUACCAAAGAAUUAUUUUGUAGAACCAAAAAUAAGGUAAAAUUCAUCUAGAAGAACAAAAGGUUAAGAACAUUAAAGGAAUCAAUGAAAAAAUGUGAAGGAAGGAAACAGCAAUACUAACCAGACUUCAAAUUAUAUUACAAGGCAGUAAUCAUCAAAAACAACCUGAUGACUAAGAAAUAGAAUAAUGGAGCAAUAGAGCAGAUUAGGAAUAUGAUAUACUGAUAUAAAUGACCAUAGCCCUCUAGUAUUUGAUAAACACAAAGAUCCAAGUUUUGGGGGCAAGCACUCACCAUCUGACAAAAACUGCUGGCAAAACUGAAAAGCAAUCUGGCAAAAACUAAGCAUAGACCCAACAUCUCACACCAUAGGUCAACACAAGCUCAAAAUGAGUAAACAAUUUAAACAGAAAGGGUGAUGUCAUAAGAAAAUUAGGGGAACGUGGAAAAUAUUGCCUGUUAGAUCUAUGGAUAAGGGAAAAAGUUUAUGAGAAACAGGGGAUAGGAAAGAUCCCAGGAAAUAAUUUCACCCACCUCUACAAAUUCCUAAUGUGGGGUUAGAUCUGAGCCAAAGACCUGUGAACUUACUGCCUUUGGUGUUUUUAUAGAUUCAUGCUGGGCUCAGCCCCUUUUAGCCAGCUGGAAGGCUGUACUGGUUCAGUGAAUAGAAGUGUAGCUUCCCUUUGGCCUGAAAUUCCUUUCAGAUUGCACUAGAGUUAGGAGCCCAGACCCCAAGAUUGGCCAGGUUGAGCCACACCAUGACUGCUUACUUCUGAACUUGCUUUUAGCUCUGUACACAGCCUAUAGCCAACAAAUGAUCUUCAGCCUGUAAUGCCAAUUCUAGGUGGUUCUUCUCUUUAGUCUUCUCUGGAUCUAUGACCUGAGACUGGGAAGUGAGUAACAGAGCUUUAUGUUUUUUACCUUUUUCUGAACUCUUGAAAAAUCCUUUCCCCUGAUACCCAAAUCAUUGACUCUACUAGAAUUUUAGAGUAUAUCUUCCCAGGGUGAGAAAAAUUUCAAGAAAAAGUCAAUUCAUCCCCCUAAUUCUCCUUCUUGAUGUCUAUCUAUUCAAAGAUAUUAGGAUGUAAUCUGUUGGUUUGUUUCAGAAAUGUUUUUAGUAAACUGAAUUUUUUCCUCAACCACAAAAAAAGUCAGGGGCCAUAUGUAAAUAUAAUUGUAAGAUUGGAGUCAUUCCCCAAACAUAAGAUUAGGGAAAGAAACAUUAGAUGUUAGAAAUUUUCCUAAUGGGGGCUUGGACAGUUGUUACAACUAAAAAACCUUUUUAAAAAUAAAAUAAACUUCCUAAAGCUGGAAAAGGAGGAAACCAAAUGGUUCUUAGAAGCCAUUAUAUUUUUGUAUUGCUUGUGUAAACUGGGCUGGGCAUGCCCACUUCAAGAAUAUGGAAUCUGGAGACAUCCUUGAGGGGCCUUUUCCCUAUGCCCAGUUUGCUUUACAUGUAGCCUGAAAUUCCUUCCUACUAUAUGGAUGGGGUAGCCUCCUUUUAUUGGUUGCCUUCAUGUUAACUGAAUGGCCAGACCAGUUCUGGUUAUACUUAAAAUAACCCAAUUAUCACAAUAGGGUAUUGGAGCCCAGUGUGGAUAGUUCAUUUAAGAGCUGAUGACGGCUUGAGCUACCUAAUUGUGGUUUUGGUGCGAAAGGAAAGGGACAAAUAUGAGGGAUGUUGAGGAGGUAGAACUGAUAAGACUUGGCAACUGUCUUGGAUUUGGGGAAUAAGGGUGGAAAAUGCCUCUCCCAGAAACCUGAGGGGCUACCAAAAGAAUGAUGGUGUCUUCCACUGAAGCAGAGAAGUGUUUGGCACAAUUGUUUGGUUUCAGUCUUGUUGACCUUGAUAGAGAACUAUAGAACCACUAAAGUAGUUACAAAGAACAAGUCUUUAAUCAGGACAAGGGAGACAGAGUUCUGAUGGCCAUCUCGCAGAGUCCUGCACACAUAAACCACUGUCACCACACCAGAAAAUGCGCCAUGAUGGAAAUCUUCAUCAUGGGAAUUUCCAACUGAAGAACUUGGGAUCUUAAGAUACAUUUGGGAGGAUAACGGUGUCAAUUUUUGUUUAUGGAAUCCCCUAGUUUGCCUUUGUUCCUUGGGAACUUGCCUUAAGCCAAAUCUCAGACUGCCCUAGUCUUCAAUUGAAAAAUAAACCUUAAAGUACCUAAUGAUCUCAACUUAGGUAGAAUUAGUAGACUUAAUAAAAUCUUAAGUGCCCUUUUUUGUCUUAUUAGUUUCCCCAGUGUAUGGGAGACCUCUUCUCAGGUAGCUCAGUCCCUGGCUGGAAUCAUCCUUUUGUAAAGCAUCAGUUUCUCCCCCAUAAUCCAGCCCUGGACUCCUCAUUCCCUUAUGCCCAUUGUAAAGCCUAUCAAUUAUACUUUCCUGUCCUUUAUUUCCCAAAAGGUAUAUAAGACCCCCAAGUUCUCCAGUUCAGUGGAAAAUCUCCUUUGGAGUGUGUUUUCCCAGAGACAUUAUUCCCAGAGUCACUGAGCUUUGGCUCUGUGUGGUAUUAAGCUCUUGACUCUGUGUGGUGGUGGAAUCUUGAGCCUUGUCUCUCUUGUCCUGAUAGACUUAGAAAGACUUGUUCUUUCUACCUUAGUGGUUCUGUGUUUUUUGAGGUUGACAAAGGAAAGGAAAGACAACUGAUUGGCUUACAUCAGUGGUUCUCAACCUUUCUAAGGCCGUGACCCCACAAUACAGUUCCUCAUGUUGCAGGGACCCCAAACCAAAAAAUUAUUUCGGUGGCUACUUCAAAACUGUAAUUUUGCUACAGUUAUGAUUCGGAAUGUAAAUACUUGAUAUGCAUUAGGUAUUCUCAUUGCUACAAAUUGAGAGGUUGAGAACAGCUGGCUUACAUGGAGACAAGGGAAAGAGUAACCACCUGGAAGAGGACUGAGAUACAAAGGGUAUCCUGAGACAAAAGGGUAUUUAAGAUUAGAUUACAUCUAACACUCCUAUCUAGCUUGAAAUAAUUGAGAUCAAGAUUAUCAUACUUGAAAGUUUAUUGUUCAGUCUAGUCCUCUCUAAGGUGAUUCAAGGAUGCCCCAAGAUUUCAUAAAACAAAGUUGUCAGUCUUCACCAACUCUUCAUGACUAUUUGGGAUUUUCUUGCAAAGAUACUGGAGUCUGUUCCCAUUUCCUUCUCCAGCUCAUUUUACAAAUGAGGAAACAGGUAAACAGGGUUAAGUGGCUUGCCCAGGGUCACACAGUCAGGAAGUAUCUGAGGUCAAAUUUGAACUCAGAUGAGUCUUCCUAACUCUCGGCCCAGAGCUCUAUCCAACUGCGCCUCCUAGCGGCCUAUCUGGCACGCAAUAAAUGCUAGUUGAAUGAAUGGAGUAGGGAGAAAUUUAAGGGGUAAAGACGAGUUCAGAUUUUUGCACAUUGACUUAGAGAUUUCUAUGGGACAUCUUGGUGGAGAUGUGAAACAAGUUCAAAAGGGAGGUGAGGGCUGGAUAAGUGGAUUUGGGAUUAUCGGCAUAGAGCCGAAAUGAGUAGAUCUAGACAGGAUUCACACCUAGACAAACACGAAACGGACAGGGUCUUCAGAUUCUUCCGGUCCUUGCCUUUGCUCCUUAAAGUGAUUACGUCACCGCACCCCGCUCCGGGGCAAUCACCCUAGUGCCAUUGUAGAGAAUGGGAGAAGGGAGAAUUUGGCCAGGGAUAGGGGAUCUCUUCCCUAACCCACCAUGGCUCGGGAAUAGUAUUCCUUCACGAGCUCUUGAAAACAAAACAGUCACUCUCGCAGGCACCUCCAUAGACAGCUCCACGAGGAGGUGGGGCGGGGGAGGAGCGCGAAUAUGGCGGCUGUCGGGGUCCUGGGUCGUCACUAAGGCGCCCUUGAAUGGUUGAGGCAGCGUGCGACUCCACCUACCUUGCUAGCGGAGUCAAGGCUAGACGAAUUGGGUCCGAGCUUCGUGACAAGCACUCCUGGGCGCCAGUGAGUGGCGGGAGAGUGAAGGUUACGGCCAAUCAGAAGAGAGGUAGCGGCAGUGGGGGCUGGGGGUGGGGAGGUAGGUUGCAGGGGCAGGAGCGUGUGUGGUGGCUGCUGAAGAGGGGUCGACAUCUACGCAGCUGCUGGGCCGGAGCCCCAGGACAACCUGCCCGUGCCCGACCUCCACUUAGGCCCCCUCUGGCCCGCUGUGCACGGCGGCCCGCCACUGUUGGUCCUGGCUCCUCCGGCUGUUGCGGAGAAGGAGGCCGGCGGCCUGUGCGCACGGGGGCGGGGCCGAGUCGGGCCUGUGGCUCCAGGGACCGAGACGACGAGGCCGCGGGGGCCCAGCGAGGGGAGACCAGGCCGACGGGCCCUAACGGACUGGUUACUCAGGGCCCAAUCUAACCCAUUUCCAGCGUCCACUCGAGCGGCCCUCUUCCUCUCUGGGACACCCCCGCCACCACCUGCCUGACCAGUCCGGGCCUCCAGACCGAGGUCGCUUUGUCCCUCGGCUUGGGAGGCCUCCGGGGGUGGGAAGUCAAGCUUGUCCUUCGGGCCCGGGCUGCAUGAAGCUUUCCCGUCACUCACCCGUGCGUGCCCUCUCUUUCUCGCUCAUUCCCUCGGGGUCCAUCUUAUUUUCUUUCUCUCCCUGCUCCACACACCCACACGGUUUCUCAUCAGCGUUUGCAGAGUCUUCCCUUCGGCUGCGAUUAUAUUGAUUCCCUUAUUUUACUGGACGCUUCCUCCCACCCAAGAAACCAGUCAAUCUUGCUGAGAAGUUCAUCAGACACAGUAUUUAUAUAGCAGAGAACUGGCCCACUAUUUUGCCACCCUUAACCACUGACAGUCUGCCAGGUUACCUGUUUGUUCCAGGGAUCUUCCUCUUUCUUUUUACUUAGUGAUUUGGGUGCAUAUUUUUGUCCCAAUUGUGUAGAGGAGGCCUAGGUUUUCUCCCCCAGAAGCCAGAAUUCCAUUUACUUUUUGUAAGUCAAAUGCUGAAAGUGUGGGGGAACCCUAGACUUGUUGGUUUGAGAAGGAGGCUCCUGGUGAUUCCCUGUUUUGUAAGUCACACGCUUUGACUAAUCCUUUCCGUGGGAGGGAGUCGAGGGGGACCGACUGGUUGGACCGACUUAGCAGGAAUGUUCCACUCACUGCAGAGGAGGUCGCCCUCCAGUGUUUAUUUCUACUGUGUGAGCUCAGCACGGUUUGCCAGAGUUGCAGAUGGGAAUCUGGGCUGGGGGCGUCAGGUGAGCUCCCUCAAGGGCAGGGUACAACAGUUUCUAAGUUGGUUCCAGAAGGAAAUUGAAAGAGGCCCCAGACAGAAUAAGAGCCUGCUCUCGCUUUUAGCUAACCAAUGUAGCUAUGUCACCAGCUUGAGGGUCCGCCGUGCCCAGCAGAUCGGCCAGCUCUACGGCAACAUCUACUCGGAGAGAACGCGCUUGAGCCUCUUCAGUAGACUUUGGCGCAAAUUUUAUAUUCAUCACGGGAAUGCCUGUAAACUGAUGGCUGCUCUAACUGGAAUCUUUGUGUGGGAAGAGGAGAGGAUCAAAGAAGAAGAGUUACAGAGAUCUAUUGAUGAGAUGAAAAGAAUAGAGGAAAUAUCUAGUGUAUUCAGAAGCAGUGGCGUUGAGUGCCACCCUCCCGAACUGAAACCCCAAAAAGAAGAAACAAGUGAUAAAGUCACCAAAGACCAGCCAUGGGAAAUGGUAAUGGACAAGAAACACUUCAAACUUUGGAGGCGCCUGAUCAGUGGUACUCAUCUGUACCAAUACAGAGUUUUUGGAACAUAUACUGAUGUGACACCCAGACAGUUCUUCAAUGUUCAGCUGGAUACAGAGUAUAGGAAGAAGUGGGAUGCUCUAGUCAUCAAACUGGAAGUGAUUGAGAGGGAUGUGCUAAGUGGUUCUGAAGUUCUUCACUGGGUAACUCAUUUUCCUUAUCCAAUGUACUCAAGGGAUUAUGUAUAUGUUCGGAGGUACAGUGUGGAUCAGGAAAACAAUGUAAUGGUGUUGGUAUCACGUGCCGUGGAACAUCCUAAUGUACCAGAAUCUCCUGAAUUUGUUCGUGUCCGGUCAUAUGAGUCCCAAAUGGUUAUCCGUCCCCACAAAUCAUUUGAUGAGAAUGGCUUUGACUAUUUGCUGACAUACAGUGAUAACCCCCAAACUGUUUUUCCUCGUUACUGCGUCAGCUGGAUGGUCUCUAGUGGCAUGCCAGAUUUUCUGGAGAAGCUGCAUAUGGCCACCCUUAAAGCCAAGAACAUGGAGAUCAAAGUGAAGGACUAUAUCUCAACCAAACCUUUAGAUGUUGGCAGUGAUGCCAAAACAGCCACCCAGACCCCAGAUCGAAAGAGUGAGGGCAGCUGUGGCCCUGCUCGCAUCGAAUAUGCUUAAAGGGAAUUAGGUUGGGGGGGAGGGUUGAGGGAGAAGUUCUUUUAUACCUGCUUUGGACCUUUAACUCCUUGUUACAAAACAGGGAAAAGCCAGGUAUAUUCGAAGAGGUCUGCUUUACUCACAAAGACAAGAUAGUUUGAUAACCGGAGUCUAAUUCAUCUGGCCCUGAAUCUUUCAGUGCUUUUGAUAUCCUUUUUUCAGAGCAUUUGAGAAGAUGACAUCUCUUCUGGGAAGCUGUUGUGUUCCUGGCCCAAGAAUUUUAAAUUCAUUAUUUCUAUACUUCUGUAAGGAUGAGAACACUUCCAUUUUUCCCUUGGAGCAUUUUCCUCAUGCUUGGAUUUUACUUUGUGCCAUUCAUUCUGCAAUGACUUCACUUGCUGAAGACUCCACAAACAAGACUGUUUGGAUUUUUCAUCAGUUUUGGGGGGAAAUGGGGUAUUGAAAUCUCUUGGCAGUAGGUCUUUGUAUGUGAUGACAUAAACGAAACAGUCCUAUGUGGCCCAAGUGCCUUUCUUGAUCUUUGUUUGUUUAGGAACAACAUGAAAGCUGUGCCAAGAAAUGCCCUUAUUCUACCCAGAAAGUGUUAUUCUUUUCUCUGAGAUUCCACUUUAAGUCCACUCAAUAUGUUUGCUGUCCUUUUUGGUUUGAACUAAAUCUUUUUACUCAUCAUAUCCUCCCCUACAUAGGUCUAUAAUUAAAGGAAGACCUUUUAUAAUAAUACAUUAACAGUAUUCUGGCAGGAUCAGGCAAGAUGAUAGUACGGCAAGUUAUUUAAAAUAUGAAUUAAGUUUAAUUUUUAUUUUCUAUGUUAAUUUUUGAUGGAGAAAGUGGAAUAGGGAAUCACACAGUUGUUAAUAGCUUUGAGGAUUCCUCUUUAGCCUAUCUACAAAAAAUUCCUUUUUAACCUCACUGCAAAGAAAGUGCCAAACUUGUCGAACAAACUUGUUUGACUUGCCAGUCUCAUUUUUGGAAAUUCAUAAGGUUUGUAUAGCCACUCUUCUUGUAGUGAAGCUCAGACAUAAAAUCAACACGGAGACAUUCUCCAGGGGCUUGUCCUCAAUUCCCAGUUGGAAAGAGAACACAUGGAGAAGGGGAAAUAAUUCUCUUCCCAUAGAGGUCUCAGAACCAUAAACCAAGGUAAGAUAAUUGCCAUCAUAAGAAAUGCUGGCUGAGUUGCUUAUAUACCAGUUCAUCUGAACAUUUUGCCUAGCAUUGAAGCCAGGGGAGGAAUAAAACUAAAGAGAAGUUCAUUCCCCUACUUUUCUAAAUCACUGAAGUUUGACAAAACCCUCUCCCAUUACUUCUCUUUUUACUUGUUGCAUUGAAAUACUACUAGCUCUUAUAUAAUUGACUUGAAUUUUGCUGAAAUGUUUUGCUCUGGCCAGAUAUAAUAACCAGUAUGGCCAGGGAAAAAUCCAACUUGAAGGCUAACAGAAUCUGCAGAGUGGGAUGAAUGAUCUUAACUGUAUUUAAUAGGUUUUGAUUGUGACUAGAGUGCCUUGCUCUGGACAGGCACAUUGGCUAUAUUGGCUGUGGAAGGAUCCUGCUGAAUGUAAGUGUGCAAUCUCCAGACUUAGUUAUGUUCUCAUUUAUAGAGCAAUAAUAAUAAGGGUGGUCUCAGUUAUUGGAAUGUGGUGGGGGAUUUUGAAGUCUUCCUGUCACUAAGAUUUAGGUGGGAAGCUUCUCUUUGCUACCCCCACCACCCACAUCCUAUUUCUAUGAUAGAAGAGAUCUAAACCUAAGUGUAAAUUCAGUCAUCCUAUGUUAUCCUUACCAUCUAUUGGGACUUGUGCCAAGGUAGUGAUCCCACCAUACUUUUCUUGGCAUCUGUUCAGAUGAUAUGACAGAGGUACACUGAGGAGCCCAAGCUUCUUUUCAUUGAUCCUUCUUUCAUGAUUUCAGGAUGUGAUGAAAUUAGGGAACAGUCAUUGGGUUUCAUUAGUUUUCAUUACCUACAGGAGCUACUGUGUUUAUAAAGAGAGCAUCUCUAAAGGUGCAUAGGGUACUUAGGAAGCUCUGUAUGAUUCCAUGUUCUGGCUUGUGGCACUGGGUUAUGUCAGUUUAGUAGUUACUUUUGGGUUUAUAAUAAUUUCACUAAUAACUGGCAUUUUUACCAAAAGUGUGAAUAAACAUACAGAUUGGUA